AUGCGGGAGGCGCGGUUCAGGGACCACUUCUGGAGCACGGAUCUGACAAGCACAGUUGGCUAUGACAGCAUCAUUCAACAUCUGAAUGAUGGCAGGAAGAACUGUAAAGAGUUUGAAGACUUUUUGAAGGAAAGGGCGAUUAUAGAAGAAAAAUAUGGCAAAGAGCUCAUUAACUUGUCAAAGAAGAAGCCCUGUGGGCAGUCGGAGCUGAACACGCUGAAGAGAUCCCUGGAUGUUUUCAAGCAACAGAUAGACAAUGUGGGGCAAGGUCACAUCCAGCUGGCGCAAACCCUUCGGGAGGAAGCAAAGAAAAUGGAGGACUUCAGGGAAAAACAAAAACUGCAUCGCAAAAAGAUAGAGCUGAUAAUGGAGGCGAUUCACAAAAACAGGAAUUUGCAGUACAAGAAGACCAUGGAGGCCAAGCGGCUCUACGAGCAGCGCUGCAGGGAUAAGGACGAGGCGGAACAGGCUGUGCACCGCAAUGCCAACCUGGUGACACAGAAGCAGCAGGAGAAGCUUUUCCUGAAGCUGGCUCAGUCAAAGUCGGCUCUGGAGGACUCUGACAGGAGUUACCAGCAGAGUGUUACCACACUGGAGAAGAUCCGGGAAGAAUGGCAGAAAGAGCACAUCAAAGCUUGUGAGUUCUUCGAGACUCAGGAGUGUGAGCGGAUAAACUACUUCCGCAAUGCCCUCUGGCUUCAUGUCAACCAGCUCUCCCAGGACUGUGUCCAGAAUGAUGAGAAAUACGAGGAAAUCCGCAAGAGUUUAGAGAUGUGCAGCAUUGAGAAGGACAUUGAUUUUUUUGUAAAUUUACGCAAAACUGGAAGUUUGGCCCCAGCUCCUGUUGCUUAUGAAAACUACUAUAAUACACAGAGAAAUGCAACUCCUGUGAGAAGCCCAGUUCCUGUAGCUAUAUCAAGGAGAGGACCUCUGCCUACCCCGACCAGUGCGCCAGGUGAGGCUGAUUAUGCCACCGUUGAUGGCUACAGCUUGAUACAUCACUAAUAGCCACUGUUCUCCAGGCAGAAGACACUGUUGGUCUGGCCAGUGUGGCAAGGUUGAUGUUUCCAGUUAUUCCCAGCCACACAGAGCUGAAGUGCUUCUCCAUUUUAAGAAAGUAUUUGAGGACUCUGACAAUUAUUUGUACAUUCAGAACGUGCCUACUAAAAAUCUGUGCCUUUGAUCAGCAAACUCCUCGGACAGAUACGCCAUCUUCACACUCGGGAAGA